AUGUCCUGUAGUGCAUCACUCGGAGCAAGCAGCCCGACUCCCAGCCCGCCUUGUGCACCACCGACCCAAGUUCCAGAUCAACGAGAGUAUGGAGAUGUGUUUGGUCCAAAGAGGACCAACUGGAAGGAAGCGUUCCUCUUCUUCUACUGGGACAUGGAGAAUUGUCGCUGUGAGGAAGACAUGAAGACCAUCAACGCAGAGAUCCGACGAGCACUGUGCGCAAAUUACAAGUCUUCGAACAUGGCCGCUCUGCCGAGUUCAUGGGAUUACGUCUUGCAUUUUCUCCUGCGAUUCUUGCGGCGCCUGACUGGUAAUGGAUUCGGCAGCCCUUCUCUCACCUGUUUGUUCGCUGAUAAACUUAUCACAGGAUCAAACGUUUCGUGGAAUCCCGACAACGAGUACGAAUGGAUCAAUGGUCCGAGAACGUCCAACGCGUCUGUGAAGCCAUUUGUGGAUUGGAUCAGCCUCGAACGGCUCUUUGCAAAUCCCGAAGAAGUUGGCCGCAGUAUUUUGCACCAUCUGGAGACUGUCGCCUAUGGGCCGCUGGAGUCGCGCGUGUGCAUGACUACCGACGAGGCCUGGUACGGCAACCCAUAUCUCGUCGACUUCGAGAACGCGCACAAGUUAGAGGGGCCAUGGAGGGUGCCCUUGAGGCCCGAAUUUGUGUUGGAAUAUGACGAGACGGACGGCAUUGAUGAUUUCUUCCGAGAAUUCAAAAAGCGAGUGUCUGGAACAACCUCCAUCGGCUUUGACUUCACUUUCGCAACGAACCAAGGAUACGCUGCUCUGGUGACCGAUGCCGACGUUCCCAUCAACCGCCGCACUGUCAACUGGUGCAAAUUGUUUUACACAUACUUGCUGCAUUGGGCACUGGCAAUGCGGAAUAGCAGUCCGGGGGCGAGACUUUACCUCUCUCUAAAGUCGCUGCUCGACAACAAGGAGGUUGUUGAUGACACAAUGGCGCAUUUGAUCAUCCUGUCGAGAUGCGAAAGGCGAUGA